AUGGCUGCCACCGUCAACAAGCCCACCGACAUCAAGCAGAAGGAGGCGGAUAUCAACCGCAAGCUCCAAAUCUACGGAAUCGUCAGCGCCUUUUCUCAGGGCAAGGUCCCCUCGAACGACCAAAUCGAUGUCGCCCUCAACAGCUUCCUUCAGUCCCGCGCGCUCUCUCGCCCGUCGGAUCAGCUCUCCGACGACGGCAAGACGCUCGUCAAGGACACGCGCGACGUUGUCGAGCUCGCCAAGAAGCUGCUUCUCUCCAAGAACCAGGGCAACCUGAUCCAGGACUUCAUCUGGCAGACGUGGCAGUACGACACCAAGAGCGUACAGGGCCCCAAUGCGCCGAUUAGCAAGGACACGGCCAAGCGAGAUGGCGACGAGGCGCUCCAGGGCCUGAGAACCCUGGGUACUCUGCUCAUCACCAAUGGCCAGUUCCGCAAGCUUCUCAGCGACUCUACGGUCCUCUUCCGCGACAUGAUCGGAGACGCCGCUACCAGUGCCGCCGAUCGUGUGCGCCCCGACGAGGAGAAGCUGUCGCAGAUUGACAAGCCCGCCGCCGACAACACCUGGCACGAGGCUCCGGAUCUGUCCAAGGAGAACCUCAGGAAGCAGGCCAAGGGCAUCUAUGGCGGAAACGCCAAGGAAGAUGCCAAGGACGUGGCCAACGCUGGCGCCAACGCUGCCGUGCCUCAGAACACUCCUGCUGGUGCUGUCGCCGCUCGGGAUCAGCCGGUGGACAAGAUCGCGGGACAGAAUGCCGCCAUCACGGCCGCCAAGGGCAAGAUCGACCAGAACGUCGACCAGGAGACCCAGGACAAGAUCAAGCAGCGCAACGAGGAAUACCGCCGCCGCGCCAAGGAGUACUUCAACAAGAAGCUGCCCGAGGAGCGCAAGGAUCAGAUCAUCUUCCGCCUCAAGAAGAUGAUCCUCGAGUGCCAGCAGCACCCCGACUACUCGUCGGCCAUCCAGACUCUGCUGCGACUUGCUGAGUCUUACGGACAGCACGGCCGCACCCUCGGCGAGGGUUCUGCCGGCUCUGCCAAGCAGGCCCGCACCGGCCUCAAGGCUGCCGAGGACGACCUUCGCACCCUCAUCGAGCGCUUCGCCAACGGCACCUCGACCUCGGACCUGUGGGCGUCCAUCAGCCAGAUUUACAAGGACGCAGACAAGGACCAGGAGCUGCGCGGCUGGUUCAAGAACAUGGACAACUACAUCCGCCGCUGCCUCCUCGAGCAGGGCUACAUCCUGGAUGAGUCGUCGACCAAAGAGUGGGACCGCCUCUACGAGCACGGCCGAUACCUGCUCCGCGACAAGUACCGCGGCCACACGGAUCGCGUCAUUGAUGAGACCAAGUUCCUCGCCGACCAAUUCGAAAAGGACCCUCACAACAAGGCCUUUGGCGACGCCGUGCAGAAGCUCUUCAACCACCUGGGCCACGACGCCAGUGGCAAGUCGACGUUCAAGCCUCACCUGAUCAAGGACUUGACCGAGGUGAUUCUGCCCGCCGUGCUGGCCAACAUCAACUACAUUCCGAUCCCGCGCAUCGAGUAUGUGGACCCGCAGUUCGACGUGGUCAUUGAGAACCUGGUGCUGGAGAGCGACAACUUCAUGCCCAACGUUUUCGAGGUGGCGAGCGAGCACUACUUCCGCAUGGGCCGCAAGAAGAUUGCCAACAAGCACCACAACACUAUGGAUGUCAAGGUGGCGGGCAUCCAGAUGGACCUGCGCGACGUCAGCUUCCACGUCAAGCGCAAGAGGGGCUUCCCUGCCAUCUCGGACACUGGCAUCGCCGACAUCCUGCUGCCUGGCAACGGCUUCUCGUUCCGCAUGAAGGUGUCGACUGCGCACAAGACGGACCGCCAGAACUACUUCAAGGUGGACAAGGUUGAUGUCGACUUCAAGGGACUCAACAUCAAGGUCAAGAAGUCGAGUCACAAGCUGCUCUUUGGCCUCGUCAAGCCGCUCGUUCUCAAGGUGCUUCGCAAGCCCAUCCAGAAGGCGGUGGAGAAGGCCAUCAAGGACCAGUGCAACAAGGCCGACCAGGAGCUGUACCAGAUCAAGCUGGAGGCGGACCGCGCGGCCAAGGAGGGAGACAACGAGGCCGAGAAGAAGGCCAACUUUUACACUCGCUACUACCAGGCGGCCCAGAAGCGCUACCUGGACGGCAAGCAAAAGACCAAGGAGGUGGCGGACGACAAGAAGGUCAAUGUGGCCAUGACGAUGGAAGACAGCAUCCUGCCCAACGUCAAGCUGCCCGGCGGCGUGAGCUCCAAGGCGACGGAGUACAAGGAGCUGGCGCGCAAGGGCGACAAGUGGGAGAGCCCCGUCUUCUCGAUUGGCAGCGCUAAGAAGAGCACCGACAUCCCGUCGGCGCCGCACAUUGAGAACAAGGCGCACUCUGCGGGCCCCUCGGGCGUUGCCGGCGCUGCCGGUGCCGGUGCGGCGGGUGGUGUUGCUGGCGCCGGCCUUGCCGGGACCAGCGUGCCUCCCACGACGGGAGCCGCGACUGGAAUUCCCCUGGGAGCCACCAACGGAGCCACCAACGGGGCCAAGACUGGGUAUGGCGGCGUCACCAACGGCAUCUCGGGCCUCGGCGGCGUGACGAACGGGGGCACCAACGGCAACACGGCGACGGUGAACCUGCACGGCGGCAAGCCCAUCUCGGCGGACGGGACUAACAUCAACAGCCACGGGCUCGGCGCACGCUAG